AUGUUAUAUUAUCGGCUUGCCUCCACUAACAGUCUGACUCAGACAUCACAACCUAAGGUUGAGUCACUCGAUGGGGAGUUGAAGGACGCGUUUGCUGAUCUUCUGAGUCUACACCCUCCGGAAGAGGAUGCUGCUGUAGAAAUUAACGGUAGAGCUAAUGGCGAUGUGGGGAGCCUCGCCUCGGAUUCUGGAGAAAGUUUCUCAAACAGAGACUCAAACAGAGACUCGAUGUCAUCUGCUGCAAGUUUGGAAAGUUCGAGAUCAUCCUCAAAUUACAUCCCUCACUCUCGGAGUAGCUCGGAGAUUGUUGACCUGUCUCAAGAUGAUAUCGAGCUAGAUGGGAGUGAUACUCUGCGAAGGAAACGUCACACGGGAGGGAGUCUAAAGGGAACUAUAAAACGAGUGUUUGGAAAAAGGAAAUCAGAUCCUAUCAGAGAGGAGGAGUCUUCUCCUGUCAGCAAGGAAACUGACAGACGCUGGAAAAACAAACAACAGCUGUACCUAUCAGCCCGACAGAGGGGCCUACCCUUCGCCCUGUGGAACCCGGAUAUGAUACUGGCCUGGUUGGAGGUUUACGUCGGGGCUCCCGCCUGGCUGGUCACCACUUGCCGGUCGAAAAUAAGAUCCGGUGCGGCAAUGAGUGCCUUAUCAGACAACGAGAUUCAGAGAGAAAUGGGUAUCACUUCUUACCUUCACCGGCUGAAGUUCCGACUAGCAAUCCAGGAGAUGGUAAACCAAACCUCCCCCUCGGCCCCAGUCGGCCUGCCCUCCUUCGAGCGUCUCACACAUGUGUGGGUAGCAGAUACAUGGCUCCCAAGUAUUGGGCUUCCUCAACAUCGGGGUCUCUUCUUGGAAAACCUGGUGGAUGGCAGGAUGCUAUCCCAUCUUACGAAGAAGGACCUCCGACAGACCCUGAAAUUCUCAGACCCUUUCCACCGCACAAGCUUUUACUUUGCUGUUGAAAUGUUGAAGAAACUCAACUACAACAUGGAGGAAAUUGACAGGAGGAGGAUGGAGUCCAAGUUAACUAAAACUGAUGUGAUGGUCUGGACAAACCAGAGGGUUAAAGAGUGGUUACAGAGUGUCGGUUUUGGCAUGUACGCCAACAACAUUACCAGCUCAGUUUGA